GCACAUGAAAAGGCUAUCAAUGCAGAUAUAUAGUUCAAGCUUGCUUUUUAUCUUACCAUAUGAUGUCAAUGUCUAGAUAAUUAAACGGUGUCUUUCAAUCAAGAUGUAGUUAUCAAAAAUGAUAGCAGAUGGCUUAAAUGUUAUACCACUAUUUAAAUCCUUCAACAAUAGAUACCUUCUCAUCUUUGAUGACAAAAAAACCCCAGUUGCUCUUUGAUACAAAUAAUGAGGGUGUUAAUAACUAAAUUAAAGGUAAAUAAAGACAACAAUAAGAAUGACGCUAAUAAAAGAAUUUCUUAUAAAUAAGGCAAUGGGAAUCUUUAGGGUUUUUAACUUCCUCAAUAUUCAAAUGGAGAUUUUAAGAGCUACAGGAACAGUCAUUAGACAUAUUUUUAUGGGUGUCGAUGAAAAUAAACACGGUCCUCGCAUGGUGAAAAAGGUCCCUUCUACCAACAAUGUAAACCCUGAAAAGACCUCCAAGCCCGAAUCAUCAAGCAGUACAGAUCGAGUCGUACCAGAGUUCAGCCAACAAGUAUUACGUCAAAUUUUUGGAAAGCAAAAGGAACCAUACAAUGAAAAUAAUUAUAAGAAGCAGGCACAUCAGUUACAUGAGUACGCCUUGAAGGAAUCUAUUGACGUACAACUAUUAAUCGAAAAUCCCGAAUCUUACUGUGACUACCAUGUAGGACAAAAAAUCAUUCCUGAACACCUUCAAGUCAUCCACCGUGAGCACCUUGCAUUCAUGGCUCGUGAAAAAAAAAGAUUAUCAAGAGACCUUAAUGCUAGAAAGGCAUUACUUGUUCAUGAACAGCAGAAAUUUGCUAAACAACAAAAGGAGUCUUAUUUACAACAAGAUCAACUUUUGAAGAGACAGCGAUUAGUGAUUGAAAAGCAAAAGAAGGUCAAUGACAAAUUGGAAAAACAUCUCGAGUUGGGAACGUAUCGUAACAGAUACCUGCAUGAGACGUUGCUCGAUAUGUUUGCUCCCAAAGAACAAGAAGAUCAACCUAGUAGAGGUAUCUCUGUUUUGGGAUUUAUCGUGGGUGCUGCAUUUAUAUUACCACGCUUGGUUCGUAAACUGUAUGGACUCAGAAGAACCUUCACCCCAAAAACUAUUGGCAUAUAAUUCAAUAAAAGUCCUCCUCUUUCAUUCUAUUGUUCAUCUUUUUUAGUGACGUUAUUUUUUCCGUGUAUGUAAUGCAUUUGAUCUAGCCCUUUUUGAAAUUACACACAGAUUUAUGACAGUAACAGAGCUCAUGUGAUAGUUAUUCCCAUUUUUUUUUUUUUUUUGUACUAAAUGCCACGCUUUUAUUGAUAAAAUGGAUUAUGUCUGCUACCGGUGUUG